AUGUCCGAAGAAAACGGUAUCAAGUCCGAAUCAGAAUCAUCCAGUAGUUCUCCAACCCAUAGUCCUUUCUUCCAAGAGCAUUUUUCUAAAGACCAACAGGAUGAUCCCACCGAUCUGACUUUGUUCGGGAGUAAGGCGCCAACUAUGAUCAGAAGUGGGACGGUUAGGAGAGUCAGCAACAGUGCCAAAUACAGUUCAUCUCUAGAGUCCUUCUCCUCUGACCAGACAGAUUAUGCUAUGAGAAGUGAAACCACAGACCCGAUUAAAGACGGAAAGACUAUCCAGAGUCCAGCGUCUAGCUAUCUAAGUUGGAUAGAAAGUAUCAAUAGCGCAUAUUUCGGAAACAAUAACUCCAUUGGGCCCCAUCAUACCAACGCAGAUAUUGAUAGCAAAGUAGGGGAGUGGAACAACUUCUGGCUCAACUAUAGCAAUGAAAACGCCAGGAAGCGGUAUUUGUCUAGUCCAUAUCCAAGUGCUGACGAAAAAACUUUCCAGGUGGAAGAUUUUUCUGAAGGACAAAGCAGUAGCACCACUCAGAAAGAACUAACUGAUGACAGGAACUCAACCGAGUAUGUUUCUUUGACUGUGGAAGAGAUUCAGGAAGCUUUGAAAUGUUCUAAGAGGAUUACGGAAAUUAUGCAGAAUGCUCUUACAAGAAAUGAACAUGAUUGCGACAUGUAUAAUAGGGAAAAUUCUGUUUACUCAGAAACACAAUCAUCUCUAAACAAUUCGUCUUUGAAAGAAGAAAAUAUACAAGCACUACGCGAGGAUAUGAUGAACGUUUCAAGAGAAAGAUCCUAUUCGUAUAUUAUAAAUACACAAGAAUUGAUCAAACAAAAGGAAUCAUUGAAACCUUCCAUCCAGGCUUCAAGCACUAGCUGCAUAAAUGCUUUAAUGAACACGGGAGUUGCUGAUAUGCUGAAGAGGGUAAUCAACAAAAGGCGUGACGUCAUGACUCCUGAUGAUUUAUCUUCCAUGACUAGAAGGAGUUUCUCGGAAUGGAGCAAUAAAUGA